AUGGAGAUAAUCAUUGUUCCUCCGGAAGAACAUACAGACGCUGGGUCUGUAGAGGCGGAUGCGGCCUUGGCUCCUCCCGAAGAGGAGCCCAGCGUUUUGCCAUCGCCGAUGCCAGAAAGUUUGGCUGAGGAGACCGCAAUAUCACAGGAUCUAGAGGAGACUACUACUCCGGAGCAACAGCCAGUCGAGCCACCUGUUGUGGAAGUGGUGCCAGAAGAACCGAGCUUCCCAACGCAUCCCGCUUUGCCGCCACCUUCCCCCCCAACAAGGUUUGGAGGCACAAGAAUUGCGAAGAUAUCGAUAGCCGAACGCAAGCAAAAGGCGAAUCCCGUUGAACCUCGUGUUAUUGAUGAAGAUCUUUUGCUCGCUGGGAUAGAAGACGUUGAUAUCAUAAGUGCGAUGCAUAAGAGAGAAGAGGCGUCUGUUGUUGAAGAAAAUCCUCUUUUCGUCGGAGGUGAGAACUGGUCGGCCUCCCCUGCGUGA